AUGGGGGCAAAGGUUUCCAUCGAUGCCCUGACAACAAUAGUGGAAGAGUUCUUCUUUUUGGCCCGGCCUAGAGGAAAACCUCCUUUAUCCCGUCAUGUGGCCAGAGGUCAGGCAUGGCUGAUCAAGAGGCUGGUCUCUCUGUUCACUCGAGCUGCAGCCCGUGGACAUUACCCACGGGAAAUGGGGAUGAGGGCCAUUUUUGAGAUGGCUGACAUUCCGUUGCCAAGUGAUCCUCGUUUCUUAGCACAUCGUUCAACAUAUAUAUGUUUACAAAGUCCUUUUCCUUCAGUAGUAGCUUGUACAACCACACCUCAGGUUGUAGCAGUUCAUCUGACUUGGCCGAAUACGAUGAUGGUUCCGCUCUCUGGCUGGAAGUAUGGAAGUUGA